GGAAGGAAGCUGUAGUGAUAUUCUUCUCUGGACCUUCUGCCUGACAGCAGCGAGUUGUCUUAUAACAGUAGGUGGCGCAGACAGUGGAUCUUGUCCCGGUUAAGGAAUUACGAAUCUGCGGCAACUGUACACUGACUGCAUCACAAGCCCUCGUGAAUAAAGUGUCACAGUGGUGGUGUCAUUGCUGGACUAAAAAAAUCAUGCUCAUGGACUGGAGGAGACCAGACCGCACUGGAUUGAACACGUGUGAAGAGCAAAGUGUCCAAAAGAAAAAAAGGAACCACAAUCCCUAAGGAGAGACUCUUGGUGUUGGUGCUAUGGAUCACACAAGCCCAGGCAGCUGAGAAGACUGCCCUGAAAAUGGAGGUCUUCUACCCUGGCUGCAUCUCCAGAGACAAAUCUGUCUGGGUGGAAUCUAUCAAACCUUGAGCGCCCGCUUGUAAACAACCGGUUGCCGUCAGAAUGCGAAUGGAGGCUUACUGAAGGAUGCUCUCUAUAAGGCGAACUGGGCACUGACACAAAUGAAGUAUGUAGCACCAUUCACAGCACCUAAAACAGAGACUUGGCCAGUAUGGAGGAGCAGACUACCACUGUGAUUCAGAUUUACGUCAAUGGCACUGAGCAGUUCAAUGCUUCGUAUGACUUCAACCUAACCGAUGUGAAAGAAAGCAUAGACACCUAUGAGUUUUACAUCAUCGGCCUGUUUCUCUCCUGCCUCUACACUAUAUUCCUGUUCCCCAUUGGCUUCAUUGGGAACAUCCUCAUUUUGGUGGUCAACCUCAACCACAGGGACAAGAUGACCAUCCCUGAUCUGUACUUCGUCAACCUGGCCGUGGCGGACCUUAUUCUGGUGGCGGACUCGCUCAUCGAGGUCUUCAACCUCAACGAGAAGUACUACGACUACGCCGUCCUUUGUACCUUCAUGUCGCUUUUCCUCCAGGUGAACAUGUACAGCAGCAUCUUCUUCCUUACAUGGAUGAGUUUUGACCGAUACAUCGCUCUGGCUAACUCUAUGAGCAGCAGUCCGCUGCGAACCAUGCAGCAUGCCAAACUGAGCUGCAGCCUCAUCUGGAUGGCCUCAAUCCUGGCGACUCUGCUUCCUUUCACCAUUGUGCAGACACAACAUACCGGUGAGGUACACUUCUGCUUCGCCAACGUUUUUGAGAUCCAGUGGCUCGAGGUGACGAUUGGAUUUCUGGUGCCCUUCUCCAUCAUCGGCCUGUGCUACUCCCUGAUCGUCCGCAUCCUAAUGCGUGCCCAGAAGCACAGGGGACUAUGGCCACGCCGGCAGAAGGCCCUGCGCAUGAUCGUGGUAGUAGUGCUGGUUUUCUUUAUUUGCUGGCUGCCGGAGAAUGUUUUCAUUAGCAUCCAGCUGCUCCAAGGCACGGCCGACCCGUCGAAACGCAGUGACACCACGCUGUGGCACGACUACCCUUUGACCGGACACAUCGUCAACCUGGCUGCAUUCUCCAACAGCUGCCUAAACCCGAUCAUUUACAGCUUCCUCGGGGAGACUUUCAGGGACAAGCUGCGCCUCUUCAUCAAGCGGAAGGCCAGUUGGUCUGUGGUCUACCGCUUCUGUAAUCACACCCUGGAUUUGCACAUCCCUGUCAGGAGCGAAUCCGAAGUGUAGCACAGGUGUGGCAACCUACAGUUCCUGAGGUUGUCAUUUGCCUUGUCCCGCUUUCCAGAACUUGGUCAUGAAUUGACAGAGAGAUCCUUGGGUUAGGUUGACGUCAUGAACACUGCCUAAUUCAUAAAGUCGGCUGAGCAAAACAAGGAUUAUUCAGGGUGAAUCACCUGCUGAUGAAGUGGAUUAUAAAACACGGAUGCAGAGCUUGGCCUAUGACUACCUUUUACAGAUAAUUCAAAUAAUAGGAUAGCAUGUCACAAUGAAGACUUUUAUAGGAUGAUAUCCUCCGUGUCCAUUUUCAAGGGAUAGUUCACCCAAAAAUGAAAAUUACCCCAUGAUUUACUCUCCCUCAAGCUAUCCUAGGUGUAUAUGACUUUCAGACAAAUACAGGUGAGUGGGUGGUAUUAUUCAAUAGUCCAUUAGAAGGCCAAAAAACUGCGUUCAUCCAUCAUAAAAAGCAGUCCACACAACUCUGGAGGGUUAAUAAAGGCCUCUUGAAGCAAAUCGAUGCAUUUUUGUAAGAAAAAAAUCAAUAUUUAAACCAUAAUCUGUAGCUUCUGCUAACUGUUGACAAUUUCUUCACAUAGAGAGUGGUGUUCAAGCGGAAAACAUGGUGAAAACUGACGAACGCGAAAGCGCAAAGAAGAGAGCAAAACAAAACACUGGUCACGAAUUAGAAGUGCAAAACGAGGAUUUGUAAAGAAAAAUGUCAGAGGAUUUCGAUGUAAGCCAGGAGGUGACUGGUUUUCCUUUGCUAAAAAAAAAGAAACUUUGCUUUCCUUUGCUUCUGUAAACAAAGCUUGGUUCUUGUGAGACUACCAUAUUCUCACUGGAUCUUAUGCUAUGCCUACGUCCUACGUCAUCCGCUGGAAGGCCUUUGUUAACACCCCCAGAGCAGAGUGGGAAACUUUUUAUGAUGGAUGGACAUACUAUAUUGGAUAUUAAAAUCUCAACAGCCAUUACAAAGCUUGUAAGAGCCAGGACAUUUUUCAGUAUAACUCCGAUUGUAUUCACCUGAAACAGGUGGCGAACAUGGGUCCUGGAGAGUUUUGCUUCAGCCCUAAUCAAACACACCUGAACAAGCUAAUCAAGUUCUAAAGGGUCAUUAGGAAGCUACAGGCAGGUGAGUUUUUAUUAGGGUUGGAUCUAAACUCUGCAGAGCUGCAGUUUUCCAGGACCAGAGUUCGCCACCCCUGGUUUGAAAGAAAAGCGUCAUACACACCUAGGAUGGUUUGAGGGUGAGUAAAGCAUGAGGUAAUUUUCAUUUUUGGGUGAACUAUCCCUUUAAGGGCACAAACUAAGUCAUCAAAGCACCUGCGACCCAUUUCCAAUCUGAGUCAUUGUUAUAUACUCUCCUGUUCAUUUAUUAAUGUUAUUGAAACUGAUACAAUCAACGACUUAGUCUGUUCUGUUUUAAGGCUGAAUAAAUGUAUAUUUUAUAGGAUA